AUGAGUUUAAUACUUUCAUCACUGAUUUUAUUUAUUGCCUUUGCAUGUGUUUUUGGAAAUAACGAUUUUAAUGAUAAUCUGAUUAACAGUGAUCGUGAUAUUUUGGUGAGAAAAGCUCGAUGGCUUCCAUUAAUUUAUCCUAGAGCAAAUCCUACCCGAUUACAGAUGAUUGCUGGCUUUGGUAUUCCGGCUGAGGAUCUCAAGCUAGAAUCUGUGAUUACGGGUUAUGUUCUUAAGGCCCAAUACUACUUGCCAUAUUCCGUGAAGCAAUUAAGGACCAAGGAUGUGCACGAAAUCUCAGAGCGAAGGCUGCCGGGGAAUGCCACAAUCUUUGAUAAAGUGAUGCAGAUGUCUGAACAAAAACUGGGAAUGGAUCCCAAUAUCCUGCAGGAGGAUCUCCAGGCCCUUGGCAGUUAUCGAUGGUCAGUCUACGAGGCUUUCACGGCAUUGGCCUUUCGAAUGAAGCUCAAUGGCAGAGUCUGUGUCCUGAAGAGCAUCUGCGAAAGUGCAGCGGCUCCCUUCGACGAUCGAAAUGGUUUGCUGGGCGAGGUGCUUCACAUCCUGCUCACACCUUCUAGUUCGGUGGAUCCCCUUUCGGAGCACUCGGACAACGACUACCUGCAGGCUGAGCGACUGGGAGCAGCUGGUGGCGAUUGUGAUCAGGUGUAUCCGAGGUGUCCCAAGUCCCUGCUGGAGCACUUCAGCGAUGUCCAUCACCUGGGCAGCGAGUUCCUCAGCAUGUUGGGCUGA